AUGCCUCCCAGCCGGGGGGCGGAUCGAAUCGGAGUUUCCUUAGGUAGCCACCGACCUACAGUUAUCCUUAAACUUCCGUGCUUGGUGGAGAAGAAGCGAACAAAGGUACGCUCGGUUGCUGUCUUGUUCUCUGUCGCGAAUUGGGAUCGCUCGCCAGCUAGCCCAGGAAGAAAAACGUCGUCUAGGCGUUACCUGUUGCUCCGAUCUCCCCUACGCCUAGGACGUUGUCUGGGCCCACCAAGAUGUCUCUGCUUUCUAUUCGAAGAAAACGGAGCCAAGUAUGCAGAGGAACAAAGACUUGCAUGGUGCUGCCACGGGACAUUCGUCGGGGUGCUGGUGGCCUUCCCCGAGACUGUUCAGGAACAUCUUGAUGUGGGUAUACCUGAAAAAUUCCUCAACCUUCGCCCAGAAAUGAAAGAACUUAAAGGGUAUAUUGACCUUUCUAAACUAAAUGCUAGAUCUAACAAUACAAGGGCAAUGAUCAGAACCUCCAUGACUAGGACAAAAAAAGACGAAUGGAAUCCUUGCCUUUUGCCUCUAUGGCCAUCCAACCCUCUCAAGAAGACCAUUAGUUAG